AUGUGCUUUUCUGGAAAGAACAUGGAUGCGUUUCCUUUCGUUGAGAUAGACAUCGUAUGCCAUUUUGUAUACUUAUGAGUUGUGAUUUGGCUUAAUCCUUAAUGAGAGAGAGAGAGAGAGGGCUAACUGAUUGACACACCCGUUGCGUUUCUGACGAAUUUUGCAACUCACUUUCCCCUUUGCGCGUUCGUCACACUCCAAUCUUUGCCGACUCCCCGCCCGGCGAUUUUGGAUCAAUCAGCGAACGGUGGUACGCUGGUGCCGCUCGGCCAUUCACUGCCGGAGCAAAAGCAGCGGCCUUUACCCGCACGGGUUCUUUGUCUCUUUGCUGGAUUCGUACCGGGGCGAGCGAGAUGAUGCAGCAGCAGCAGCAAGGAUUUGAUACGCACAGAAUACACCAGGAAGUGAAAUCGCGGUGGUUAAAGCCUAAAGAGGUUCUGCAGAUAUUGCAGAAUCACGACCGGUUCAUAAUCACAAAUAAGACUCCUCAUAAGCCACCGAGUGGUGCUUGGUUUCUUUUCAACCGUAGAGUUCUUCGGUACUUCAGAAAUGAUGGAUAUGAAUGGCGAAAAAAGAAGAACGGGAAGACCAUUGCUGAAGCCCAUGAGCGCCUUAAGGUUGAUAAUGUGGAGGCAUUGAAUUGCUACUAUGCACAUGCAGACAAAAAUUCUACAGUUCAGAGGCGCAUAUAUUGGAUGCUUGAUCCGGCUUAUGAUCACAUCGUUUUUGUCCACUAUAGAGAUGUUCAAGAGGGCAGCAUUUCAGUAUCAGCACUGAACAAUUCAUCAACAUCCAAUCAGAAUGGUAGCGCAAGCAGAGGUGAAGCUCAAAGUUCACCUGGGUUGACUAGUGAGAUAUUUGCCCCAUGUCUUAAUUCAUGCAGUCCAGGAUCUGCUGAAGAAGUUAGUUCCCAGAUUGUGGCCAUCAAUAAUGAAACAAAUAAUGGAAGUCAACCUGAUUGGGUUCAAAAUUGUAAUCAAGCAGCACUGCGAAAGCUUAAAAUUCAGUUGAGUCUGGAAGAUAAGGAAGACCAUGAUGUCGAUGCCGAAGAUAUUCCAUCAAAUAGUGAAUCUAUCACUGUCGUUGGGGUUCAGAAUGAAGAACCAGGCACAUGUAGAAAUCUUGUAGAUAUUUUUAAUGAACUGGAGUUUAAUGAAGACAAUCGUCCUAAAGAAACAGGACUUCCUUUUUCCAGCACUAUUGAUGUGCUGAAAAAUUCAGAAUCUUGGUUGGAGGAGGAUCAGCUUGAAGCAAUUCUGCAGUCGGCUUCUAUGACAAUGGGUGAAAACCAAUGGUUCAAUAUUCGUGAGAUUUCUCCAGAAUGGUCAUAUUGUUCCGAAAGUACAAAGGUUAUCAUUGCAGGAGACUUCCUUUGCGAUCCCUCUCACGGUUCAUGGGCAAUACAAUUUGGUGAUGCUAAGGUGCCUGUGGAAAUUGUUCAGCAAGGUGUCAUUCGUUGCCAUACUCCAUGCCUUGAAGCUGGAAAAGUGACAAUGUACUUGAUUGAUGGAAAUGAAAAGGCCUGCAGUGAAGCACGAGAAUUUGAAUUCCAUAAUAAGCCGACCAAAAGCAUGGUUUGUGAGAACAGGAAACUCUGCAGUGAAGCAGAGGCCUUUGAAUUCCAUCAAAGGCCUACUGAAAGCAAUAACGAGCGAUUGUUGCUUUUCAACUAUGUUCAGUUGCUUUUUGACGGUCAUGUUUCUGAGCAAUUUCUAAAGUUUGGUUUGCCACUCCCAAAUGUUGAAUGCAGACUCCAAGUUAGCCCCUCUGAAAUUAUGAAGGGAACAACUGAGCAGCUGAACCAUGACACCACAGUAAAUUGCAUCAUGGAAGUACUGCUUAACAACAAGCUUGAAGAGUGGCUGUCAUCCAAAUAUGAACGAAACAGUGAAGGGAAUCAUUUUCUGCCUCGGCAGUACCAUGGUAUUAUACAUACAAUUGCUGCCUUGGGCUACAAUUGGGCUUUGAAACUUCUGCUUAAUUCUGGUGUACUUGUAAACUACCGUGAUGCAAAUGGAUGGACCGCCUUGCAUUGGGCUGCACGAUUUGGCAGGGAAGAGACAGUGGUGCUCCUUCUUGCUGCAGGUGCCUCAGCUGGUGCACUUUCAGACCCGACAGCAGAAGAUCCUGCUGCCAAAACACCUUCUUCAGUUGCUUUUGCACAUGGUUUCAAGGGCCUUUCUGCAUUUCUUUCAGAAGCAGAACUAACAACUCAUCUUCAUUCUCUUGAAUCAAAAGAAAAUGGGGCUUCUGGAGGUGGAAUAUCAAGAGUUGUGGAUAGAUUAUCAGACACAUUUGACCAUGUACAAGGUGGUAGUGAUAAUCAGCUUGCGCUUAAGGAUUCCUUGGGAGCUGUCCGUAAUGCUGUUCAAGCUGCUGGGCGCAUACAAACUGCCUUCCGUAUGUUCUCCUUCAGGAAGAAGCAACAAGCAGCUCAUCAGAACAGAGAUAGCCACAUUUUAUCCAUUCGUAAGGUGGGCGCUGCUUCCCGCGGUAUGCUCGAAAAAGCUGCAUUAUCUAUCCAGAAGAACUUCAGGUGCUGGAAGAAGCGCAAAGAAUUUCUGAAAAUACGUAAAAAUGUCAUCAAGAUACAGGCACGAGUCAGAGCUCAUCAACAACAUAAUAAGUACAAGGAUUUUCUUCGAAGUGUUGGCAUCCUUGAGAAGGUAAUGCUUAGAUGGUACCGAAAGGGUGUUGGUUUACGGGGGUUCCAUUCUGAGGCAAUGCCAAUUGAUGAAGAGGAGGAAGUUGACAUAGUCAACGUUUUCCGGAAACAAAGAGUGGAAACAGCUAUCAGUGAAGCUGUUUCGAGGGUAUCGUCUAUCAUCGACAGUCCUGUCGCGAAACAGCAAUACCGAAGGAUGCUCGAAAUGUACCAACAAAAAAAGGAUGACAAUGAAAAGUAGAAAGUUUAUUCAGAAGCUCACGUUUAUGGCAGUGUCAGUCAUCACAUGUGUUAGCCACAAUGACAAAAGCAAAGCACUAGCUGGACACUAUUGCCAUGUCCGUCCUUGUUAAAUGAUCUGACGAGCAGUUGGCCUUAUGCAGAACAGUAAAUCCGUGGCGAUUCACUGUGCAGCGGAUCCUGUAAAACCAGAGAAAUUUAUCGAUGAUCCAGUACCAUCACUGGUUCUUGCUCUUGCUGAAAAUGUGUAUUUUUUUAAAAAAAAGAACUUUUUGUACAUAGAUACAUCAUGUGCAAAGCUGACUCUAGGCUAAUGCUAGUAUUCAGAAAGGUGUACUCUCUUAGCAUUUGUUACCGGCGCGUGUUAUGUAUGGUAAUAAAUGUUUGGUGAAUCUUUAAAGUGAAGCUUAUUACCAAUAGAAAGUACCUUAUCUUUUGCACAUGGAAGUAUAAACUCCUUUAAUGUUUGAUUCAGUAUGCAAAUCA